AUGGAGGCGGAGGAACUGGCAUCACGAUGGGAAAGGCUUCAUCUCUCCAAGGAAGAAAGUGCUUGCUUCCAUGUCCAGCAGAAGAGGCUCCACGAUGACAUAAGAAGCGGGAAGUACUGUAUUGUUGGGAAAGCUUUGACGGAAAAGGGAGUGAAUAGCGAAGGAUUCAGAAUAACAAUGUCUCAAAUAUGGAGGCUGGAUGGGUGGGUGACGUUUAAGGAACUUGGUGAUCAAUGCUUCUUGAUCGAGUUUCAGAAGAUAGAAGACAAAGAAAAGGUACUGAGUGGACGCCCAUGGUUUUUUGACAGACACCUCCUCACCAUGAUGGAGGUUGACGAGAAGGAAUCCAUAGAUGGUUUGAAGUUCUGCUUUGAGCCAUUCUGGAUACAGUUACACAACCUCCCACUUUCAGUCAUGACAGAAGAUUUCAGUGAGCAGUUUGCAGAAGCUAUAGGCCCGGUUAUAAGAGUAGAAGCAGAGGCAGAUGGACGUGCAUGGGGCAGAUGCCUAAGAGUUAGGGUGGUUGUGGACCUUAACAGACCUCUACUUCGAGGGAAAUGGCUAAGGCUGGAUGACAAGCAACACUGGAUCUCAUUCAAAUACGAGAGGCUGCAAAACUUUUGCUUUCAGUGUGGUAUUCUUAGUCACAAAGGCAAAGGUUGCUUGAAUGCUCGUAAUACACAGCAAGGAGAGACUGUGCCCCUAGCUCAGUUUGGUCCAUGGCUCUGA